AUGAUACGAGCGGACCGACACACGUACAAGGUGUUCAACCAGGAAUUCACCAUAGACAAGCGGUUCCAGGUGACCAAAGAGCUGGGCCAUGGCGCGUACGGCAUUGUGUGUGCAGCCAAGUACACUGGGACGCCUGAUGGGCCUGGAGUUGCUAUCAAGAAGGUGACCAACAUUUUCUCGAAAAACAUUCUGUGUAAGCGGGCGUUGCGGGAGCUCAAGCUACUGAACCACUUCCGGGGGCACAAGAACAUCACCUGUCUGUACGAUAUGGACAUUGUGGACACCAACAAUUUCAACGAGCUGUAUCUGUACGAAGAGCUCAUGGAGUGCGAUAUGCAUCAGAUCAUCCGGUCCGGCCAGCCUCUGACUGACGCCCAUUACCAGUCGUUUGUUUACCAGAUUCUCGCCGGUGUCAAGUACAUUCAUUCCGCCGAUGUUCUCCAUCGGGAUCUUAAACCCGGCAAUUUGCUGGUUAACGCCGACUGUGAGCUCAAGAUUUGCGAUUUCGGACUUGCGCGUGGAUUCUCUUCCGACGACGAAAAGAAUGCCGGUUUCCUGACAGAAUACGUCGCCACCCGGUGGUACAGAGCCCCGGAGAUCAUGCUCUCUUUCCAGUCUUACACAAAGGCCAUUGACAUCUGGUCCGUGGGCUGCAUUCUGGCCGAGCUUCUGGGAGGAAAGCCGCUGUUCAAGGGCAAGAACUACGUCGACCAGCUCAAUCAAAUUCUGCACUACCUCGGAACGCCCUCGGAGGAGACUCUCAAGCGAAUCGGCAGUCCCAGAGCCCAGGAGUACGUUCGGGGUCUUCCCUUCAUGCCCAAGAUUCCCUUUUCCACGCUAUUCCCCACCGCCAACCCCGAGGCUCUGGAUCUGCUGGAGAAAAUGCUUGCCUUCGAUCCUGCGGAGCGAGUGACGGUUGAGGAGGCUCUUGAGCACCCCUACCUGAAGAUCUGGCACGAUCCCCGAGAUGAGCCUGUGUGUCCCACUCCGUUCGACUUCUCGUUCGAGGAGGUCAAUGACAUGGAGGCAAUGAAGCAGAUGAUUCUGGACGAGGUUGUGGACUUCCGGGCCAUGGUUCGAAAGCCUGUCGAUGAGCAGACACGAAUCAGAGACGAGCAGAUCGAGGAGCAGCGGAGAGAGGAGGAGAAGCAGGAGGUGGAGAGACAACAGAAGGAGGCUGAACGUCAGAAGCAACACCAGCAGGAAGCUGAGAGACAGCAACACCAGCAGCAGCAACAUCACCCUCAACAGCAGGACUCUCCAUCCACCCUGUCGGGCUUCUCGGACUCGGACCAGUCUGCUAACCCCCACUUUUACGAGUACGCCGGCUUUGGAGUCGGCUCACAGACCUCGGACAUGGGCCAGCCACCCGUCAUUCAGCGAAAGGACUCUCUGGGUAUCCCCGAGGAGGACUUCAAGUACCAGGACCCGCCACCAAAGCCCCAGGAGUCCGGACGCCAGGGAGAUGGCGACCUGGAGCUCGAGCUGGAGUACGGCUUGGAUGGAUGGAGAAGUUGA